GCAAAGCAAGAUCGACCGAGAUGUCGUACGUGCAAGAGCACCCAGGCCGCCGGGAUCGGGGGAGAGAGAUGGCGGAGCACUGCUCGCGGUGCCGGACCUCCGGCGCUCGUCGCCCGCUCCUCUUCUGCGCGCUCAUGGCUCUCCUUAGUUUCGUGGCUGCCGGGCCGUUCGUGCUCGCCGAGGGCAUCGUCUUCCACGUGGCCAACCGGUGCCCGUUCCCGGUGUGGCCGGCGUCGGCGCCCAACACGGGCCACCCGGUGCUGGCCGGCGGCGGCUUCCUCGUGCCGCAGGGCAAGUCGAAGCGCGUCGUCGCGCCGGCCACCUGGAACGGCCGCUUCUGGGCCCGCACCGGCUGCAACUUCACCGCGAACGGCGGCGUGGGCGCCGCCGCCGCGUGCCUCACCGGCGACUGCGAGGGUCGGCUAGCCUGCAACGGGUCCGUGGGCGCCCCGCCGGCCACGCUCGUGGAGGUGAGCAUGCACGAGGGCCCCGGCAAGGGGAGCUCCUACGACGUGAGCCUGGUGGACGGAUACAACCUCCCCGUGUCCGUGUCCGCCGUGCCCGGCACGGGCGCCGCCGACCCCAGCAAGUGCGCCAUCGCCGGGUGUGCCAGGGACGUGAACGCGGUGUGCCCGCCGGAGAUGCAGGUCACCGCCAAGUCGGCGGUGGUGGCGUGCAAGAGCGCGUGCCUGGCGUUCGGGCUGGACGCCUUCUGCUGCCGCGGCGCGUACGCGACGCCCGCGGCGUGCCGCGGCAGCGUCUACUCGCGGCUGUUCAAGGACGCGUGCCCGGCCUACUACAGCUACGCCUACGACACCACCGCCACGACGGCGAGCGCGUGCCACGCGCGGGAGUACGUCAUCACCUUCUGCCCCGGCAGGUGGGGCGGCGAGCCCGACGGCGCCGCCGCCGCCCAGUUCUGAUGCCGAGCAUCUCUGUCGCCGAUCGACCUUUACCUAUGCACACGUCCUAUGUGUUUCUCGCUCACAUAUAUGUACUAAUAUAUUAUAUAUAACUAUAUAAAUAAAAUGAAAAAUAACAAAA